UAUAUUCACGGCAGCAAAAUUGGUGUGUUGGUUGAUGUGGUUGGUGGUGAUGAUGCCUUGGCUAAAGAUAUUGCCAUGCACAUUGCUGCAGCUAAGCCAAAAUCUUUGGAUGCUUCAGGCAUUGCACCAGAACUGAUUGAAGCAGAACGCCGUGUUGCCAUUGAAAAAGCAAAAGAGGCGGGAAAACCUGAAGCAAUGUUAGAAAAAAUUGCUGAUGACGCAUCAGUAGCAUCAUUCACCAUGUUUACGGUGGGCGAGGGCAUUGAAAAAGCCGUUGUUGACUACGCAGCUGAAGUAGCCGCAGCAGCAAAAGUGUAA